AGGCGCCGGGCGCUGGAGCCGGGUGUUCCGGCCGCGGUCGGUGCAGCUCGGCUAGGAGACGGCGCGAGCCGGCGGCGGGGUCCCCCGCGAGUCCAGCCCCGCCGCAGCCCCCCAAUGCGGCCGCGAGAAGCAGCUGGGGGGCAGGCGAUCGAAGCCUCUAGAAGUGUCGUCUAGUGAUUAUGAAGGCACCUUUGUCCUUUCUGGAGCGAUGCUGACCUCCAUUUCCUGGACCCAUUCUGACUCAGGAGCCUUCACGUAAAUGGGUCCAGUCAUGCCUGCCAGUAAGAAGCCCGAGAGCUCAGGAAUCAGUGUGUCCAGUGGGCUGAGUCAGCGGUACCGGGGCAGUGGUUUCUCCAAGGCCCUCCAGGAAGAUGAUGAUCUCGACUUCCCUCUGCCUGACAUCAGAUUAGAAGAGGGGACCAUGGAAGAUGAGGAGCUGACCAACCUGAACUGGCUGCAUGAAAGCAAGAACUUGCUGAAGAGCUUUGGGGAGUCGGUCCUUAGGAGUGUCAGUCCUGUUCAGGACCUAGACGAUGACACCCCGCCAUCCCCUGCCCACUCGGACAUGCCCUACGAUGCCAGGCAGAACCCCAACUGCAAGCCCCCCUACUCCUUUAGCUGCCUCAUAUUUAUGGCCAUUGAGGACUCUCCAACCAAGCGCCUGCCAGUGAAGGACAUCUAUAACUGGAUCUUAGAACAUUUCCCCUAUUUUGCAAAUGCACCUACUGGGUGGAAAAACUCAGUGAGACAUAAUUUGUCAUUGAAUAAGUGUUUCAAGAAAGUGGACAAAGAGAGGAGUCAGAGUAUUGGGAAAGGGUCAUUGUGGUGCAUAGACCCAGAGUAUAGACAAAAUCUAAUUCAGGCUUUGAAAAAGACACCGUACCACCCACCUCCUACUCCUCAGGCUUACCAAAGCACAUCAGGUCCACCCAUCUGGCCGGGCAGUACCUUCUUCAAGAGAAAUGGAGCCCUUCUGCAAGAUCCUGACAUUGAUGCUGCCAGUGCCAUGAUGCUUUUGAAUUCUCCCCCUGAGAUACAAGCAGGUUUUUCUCCAGGAGUGAUACAAAAUGGAGCAAGGGUUCUGAGCCGAGGGCUGUUUCCUGGCGUCCGACCAUUGCCAAUCACCCCCAUUGGGAUGACGGCAGCCAUAAGGAAUAGCAUCACCAGUUGCCGGAUGCGGACUGAGAGUGAGCCGCCAUGUGGCUCCCCAGUGGUCAGUGGCGAUCCCAAGGAGGACCACAACUACAGCAGUGCCAAGUCCUCCAAUGCUCGGAGCACCUCUCCCACCAGCGACUCUAUCUCCUCCUCCUCCUCCUCAGCCGACGACCACUAUGAGUUUGCCACGAAGGGGAGCCAGGAGGGCAGUGAGGGAAGCUUGCAGAGCCAUGAGAGCCACAGUGAACCGGAGGAGGAUGACCGGAAACCCAGCCAGAAGGAGGGCAAGGACGCCCUGGGGGACAGCGGAUACGCAUCCCAGCACAAGAAGCGCCAGCACUUCGCCAAGGCCAGGAAGGUCCCCAGCGACACACUGCCCCUCAAAAAGAGACGCACAGAGAAGCCUCCCGAGAGCGAUGAUGAGGAGAUGAAGGAGGCGGCUGGUUCGCUCCUGCACUUGGCAGGGAUUCGGUCCUGUUUGAACAACAUCACCAAUCGGACGGCCAAGGGGCAGAAAGAACAAAAGGAAACCGCAAAAAAUUGAAACAAGUCUCUGAUUUGUUUGAACUUAUGGCCAUUUGGUUUCAGCAUGUCAGGAGAUUUCUAAUGAUUUGUGGCAAUAUCAACAAUUUUUUUUCUUUUUCUUUUUUCCUUUUGUUGGUUUGGUUUUCUUUUCUUUCUUUCCUUUUUUUGUUUUUUUAAUUUGCCCCCCACUCCUUUGUUUUUGGACCCUUAAGAAUUUUCUGUUUAAAGGAGAUUGAAGCCAUAGAAACUCAUAUUGACACUCAGCCGUUUUACAAAAGCUUUUCUUUAUCUGAAUACAAAAAUCGAAAGAAAAAAAAAAAAGCCAAAAUUAACCAUUGCUUUCUGCAGCCUGUCAGAAACCUGUGGCUAAACCCACAGAGAUGUCCAUGUUAAUGCCACAGGGACACUCAUGCUCCACCUAGGGGGCACGCAAACAGAGUCAUUGCUGCUCAGCCCAACCCUUAGGUUUGAAAACUCAGUUGUGUUUGGAGUGAGGCUGGGAAGCUAUUGCAGAGACUGAAGAGCACGUGUCCCCUGGGAACAGACUGUCCUCUAGGGGUAACCCCAUGCUCUGACCCUGGCACCCCACCGUACCAGAAGUGCCACCGGCAUUGCUGUGUGGCAAGCCCAGGAUCUACUUGCCAGUCCUCUGUGCUUCUUAACCUUGAGCCUGGUAACACCUCCCAGGGUGACCACCACCAGACUGUUCAGGUGUAUUAAGUGUCAGUGACUGAGGAGGGGAAACAGGGAUCAUUGGAACCUCUGAAUUCUGCUCUAUGUUAAAUUAAGAAGACGUUCCAAAAGCCAUAAGCCUGAAGGUUGGUCCUGUGUGACACAGAAAGCAGGCUGUGCCCUCUUAACUGCCCAAGGAAAAGCAAUCAUGCCCAAGAAAUGACAGUAGCUGUUAAGAAAGGAAAAAUGGUACAGAUUUUUUCCUACUAAAUAAUCUGAUUCAAGUGGGGGGGAGGGUGCUACAGAAACUGCCAUUAGUGUUAUGGUGUCUUUAUGAGGUUAAAGGCACGCCAAUGGAUUCAAAAAAGCAAAAAGAAGACAAACAAUACAACUCCUGUACUGUCCUCAAAAAGGGUUUGCAAUUAAUAUCAGUACUCAUUUUUGCAACAAGAAAAUAAGAAAAGAUCAGUGAUUUUCACAUUCAGCCAGUGCAGCCAGCAGAAAUUUCUGAUCCACAAAUGCAUGGAUUUCUUUGAAGAAAAAAAAAAAAAGAAAAAGAAAAAAAAUCACAAAAACAAACUUUUUUUUAUUCAAAAAUAACAAAGUUCUUGUAAGGUAAAUGAUGUAUUUAGCAUGAAGCAUGAAUUAUUUUCAUAUAAAUAUAGAGAAUAGAGAGAAGACUAUGCCUCUGAUUUUUAAGCCCUUAAACUUAGAGGCCCUUCGUUCUUUUUUCCUUCCUUUUUUCUUUCUUUUUUUUCUUUUUUUUUUUUUUUUUUUCUUUUUUCUUCUUCUUUUUUUGUUGUCGUUGUUUUUAUUUUGUUUGGUUUUUUGAAGCAGGUGUUUAAGGUUUAACCUUCUUCAGGGACAAAUUCUGACUGUUGGGGAACUUACUCUGCAAUAUAAAUUUAUCUUCAUGCUCUGGUAGGGGCUUGGAUGGUU